CGCGUAUUGACAAUGUAAAUAUUGUGGAACAUAUAAAAUUACAUAGAAACGUAUAUAAAGGUGAUUCUAUAAAAGAAAGGAUAUCUUCGUACUCCUAUUACGUGACGCUGUUUAUGUGACUUAUUUUACUACGCCAGUCAUUUAGAAUACUUUCGAGAAAGGUCUGAAAACCAUCACUCGACGUGGUGCGCCUCGACAUGCCUGCCGAUUUACGUAUUUUCAUAUUCUUUUCAUUGUUCUUGGCGGUAUUAGCCGUGAAUGAUGGAAAAAAUGAAAGUUUUUUCGUACCGACACACGAGUGGCAAAUAGUAAAAAAGGGAACACCAAUCCCACAAGGCUUGCAUAUAAAGCACAAUUUUGAAACUGGAAUAACAGAAGCGAAAUUAAUGAAUCCGGAUGAUUCAUCAGAAGAUCAGUCAAAAGAAAAAGCGGAAGAUGAACACUUAAAAUCAUUAAUACUCCAUCCUGACGAGGCGAUAAAUCAAUCUAAUGAGAAAGAUUCUAUGGAAAAAAUCGUAAAUGAGGCCCAAAAAAUGAAGUUGUCCGUAAAAGAACUAAAGUCACGAUUGAAAAAAAUCAGAUUCGAUGAUACAGUAGUUCCACGAGACUUAGAUGUAAUUAUUUCAAAAACAAAUUUUAGUAACAAAUUAUUCGUAUUAAAUUAUCUCUAUAUUUUUUUACUACAGAAUGACGACGCUCGUCCAACGUCAAAUGAAGGAUUCAGAAAUUAUGAAACAUUAAAGAAAGAAUUUGAGGCACUCGAGGUAAAUGUUUCCAACGACGCUGAAAUAAUGACAGCCUUCAUGAAACGCUUUGAUCAGCACAAAAAUUCUAUUUUGUCUGGUACAUUGACAGUAUCAGAGAUCGAAGACAUUUUAGAUAUACUAAAUAAUUUAGAAUAUCUACUACAUCAGAUUGAUAAUGCUCAAGUCUUCACUGAUAUGGGCGGGAUGACAAAAGUCAUUUAUCCAUGUUUGAAUGCAUCGAAUAAUGAAGUUAAAUCAGAAGCACUAAGAUUAUUAGGUGCUGCAGCUCAAUCCAAUCCAAAAGUACAAGCUAAAGCUUUAGAAAACGAUUUUAUACAAAAACUCCUGCACAUGAUAACAACUAAUAAUAAGGUGGAGGUCAGAUCCAGAUGUCUGUUUGCUCUAGGCGCACUGAUUCGUAACUAUCCGGCUGCACAAAAAGCACUGAUAAAUCAUGGUGGUUUGGAAAUCUUUGGUGAGAUUCUUGUGGAUGGUCCACUACAGACGCAAACGAGGAUAAUGAAGUUAAUUAAUGACUUAAUAACUGAAAGGCAAAACGUAGGCAAACUCGUGGAUGAAGAACAGCGCCAGAGACAUUUUAACCAGUACAAAAGCACUGCUUUUGAGGAAAAAAUUGUUCUACACAAUUAUUGCAAGCAUUUGAGUGACCUAUUAGUGAGAAGUAUAAAACAUGAGGUGACUACGAAUUUUAAUAUGGAAGAUCGUGACUUUCUAGAAAUCAUCUAUGAGAGCAUGAUCACAGCCAAUUCUGUAUGUCAUGAUAAUUUCGUAAAAAAAAGAGACAUUGUCCUUCCAGCUCUGAAUGAAAUGCUUAAGUUUUAUCAAAGUCUCGAUGUACAAAUAUCUCCUGAGGAGGAUGAUCUAUUCAGACAUCUUCUACAUCUUGUGGAGAUAUUUAGCACAGUUAUUGACCAUUCUCAUGAUGAGCUUUAAAGGAUAUAUUUUGUUGCAUUAAAACACAGGAGGCUGACGUUUUGAACGCGCUUUAUGCACAAAGGAAAUCUUAGAUAAUGAUAUUAUAGGAGAAUCCUUUGUUACUAGUUCUUUUUUGAAUUUUUGAAUGCGUGAUUUUUUAGGGUUACGUAUAUGUCGUAACUCAAAUGAUAUCCUGGUGCUGCAGACGAUAUAAUAGACGAACCGAGUUGUCAAAACCUUGUCAUAAUUCACGUCGGCUCAAUUAUACAUUAUAAAGAUUUUAUUCGAAGAACUUGAAUUUUGCGAAUUUCAUUUGUAAAUGGAUUCAUUCAUUAUUGAAAAAUAUUCAGUUUUCUCUAUGCCAACGUGUCGUGUGGUAAGUAGUUUCAUAAUUAAGCGUGUUAACGUGCGCGACACGGCGUGACUAUAGCU